CUCGGAUAAGAACUUCUCAAAACAACUGCAACUUCAGGCAACAGAAUUAUUUGUUUAUAAGUACGGAUCCGUACUUAAUCUGUUUACUCAGAAAACUCUAAUAUAGGUCUUUCUGAAAGCAUCGACAACUUGAAAAUGGCUAGUCUGAAGUUUGGAUUCUCGACAAAUGCGGAGGAAGUCACGGAGCACUGGAAAGACCAGAUUAAGGGCAAAACAAUACUCAUUACGGGCGUCUCCCCCGGGGGCAUAGGUCUCACCACCGCGUGCGCCCUUGCCCCUCACUCCCCAGCUCUCCUCAUCCUGGCUACACGCUCUCAAAGCAAUCUCACCGCAGCCCAAACCGAGAUUGCCAAAGUUGCACCCACAUGCCCAACCAAGCUCCUGACUCUGGACCUUUCAUCCAUAAGGACAGUGCGAACUGCAGCCGCGGAGCUCAACUCCUGGACGGGUGUGCCGAAGAUCGACAUCUUGAUCAACAAUGCCGCCAUAAUGUCGACCCCCUGGGGAAAGAACGAAGAUGGAAUCGAGCAGCAGUUUGGAACUAACCAUAUCGGGACCUUCCUUUUCACUAAUUUGGUCAUGGAGAAGAUUAUUGCAGCUAAGGGCCGGAUUAUCAAUGUUUCAAGUGCAGGCCAUCGCUAUGGGCCCGUGCGUUUUGAGGACUGGAAUUUCCAGGACGGAAAAGAAUACAACCCAGAAGCCGCUUAUGGCCAAUCUAAGACAGCCAACAUGCUCUACGCUGUCGCGCUCGCUUCUAAACUCCAAUCUAAAGGCGUGACAGCGUACAGUCUCCACCCGGGUGUUAUCUACACCAACCUCGGCCGCCAUAUCCCCAUGGAAGUGCUCAAAGCCCGAGGCCUGGUUGAUGAGAACGGAAACAUCAACACGAAUGGGCCGUUCAAGUUCAAAACGCAUUCACAGGGCGCGGCGACGACGGUGGUGGCAGCGCUGGAUCCGACUAUCGCGGAUCGGAGUGGAGCGUAUUUGGCGGAUGCGAGUAUUGAUCAUGAUGAUAAUAUUAGUCCGUAUGCCGUUGACAAAGAUAAUGCGGAGAAAUUGUGGGUGCUGAGUGAGAAGCUGGUUGGGCAGAAGUUUGAGUUUUGAGGGAGUGUAUGGGUUGCUAUGAGGGAGGACAUGACUUCCCGAAUCUUAGAUGUCGUGAUUUCAAUAUAGGGUUUAGAGGAAUUAAGUAUAACUGUAUCUUUAAAUAACGUCUCCUGCGAUCUCUUUAG